AUGGAAGAGCCUGAAAAGCAGUCUGUUAGUGUGCCUGGAUCUUCUGGUGGAAUAAUGAUAGAAUGUGGCACCAAUCAACCUAUUGAAAAAGUACUUGCAGCUGAAGAUGCGUUGAGUGCUGCAUUUGCAUCUCAGCUUACGAUGAUGGCGCAGAGCUCCGUGAACUCCCUUGUGGCCACCAUUUUCAUUGUGUUUGCAUCGAUAAAUGGCUGCACAUCAAUGCCACAUGCCCCCUAUGCAAGUACAAUGUUCGGAAAAACACUAGCAGCAGUGGCAGCGAAGAAGUAUAAAUCUCUAUAUGAGAACAUUGAGAAUUCGUACCCAACAGUUCUGGCUUCUCGCUGGUAA